AAAAGUCACUUUUAUGGCACCGAUAAUAUUGAUUCCUACAGCCGUGAGAAGAUUUACUGCGAGGGCGAUGUGAUACUUUGUGGAGAGUGCGAUCAUAUCUCGCGCAGCGAUAUCGAUUAUAACGGCGGUAAGGUCCUGCAGAUCAUCUACGAAUCCAUGAGAUUCCCGUUGUUGUCAAUCUCCCCGGUGUUGGACAGAAUCUUGUCACAACACAGUAAUGGCAAGCUCAACACACAAGUGCACAGACAGUGUAAGCAGCCAAUCACAUUGUACAACAAAAGUUCUUGGAGGUUUCCGCAUAACAUGAUUAAAAUUGGACUUGAAUGGUUCGCUACACGAAAAGGUCUGGGCGCCACGAGUCAUCUUGAGACAGGAGGAUUUGCAAGAUCAAAUGACAAAGUCGAACAUCCUGAUAUUCAGUUCCAUUUCCUACCAUCCACUGUCCAUGAUGACGUGGACGGGGGCGGACAAAUAAUUUCAACCUUAAUUCAGGUUCAUGUGGGUAAUAUGCGGACGAAGUCUAAAGGGUGCAUCAAGUUAGCUUCCAACGACCCGAGGCGACACCCGAUCAUUGACCCGAAUUACUUGGACCAUGAUGAUGACUGGAAAGAGUUCAGCUUUUUUUAUUAUGUCCUCACACCUCUCCUUGCAUUCUUUAUGCUUCAUUUUACUUUUCUGAAGGUUACUCAAUUUCAGGUUGUUGACGCAAGUAUUAUGCCGUCAGUUGUGAGUGGAAAUCUGAAUGCCCCUGUGAUAAUGAUGGCAGAACGAGCAGCUGAUAUUGUUCAAGGGAAGCAUUUGCCCCCAGAAACAGUGCCGAUUUAUAGUCAUAGUUCUAAAUAG